CUAAUAACCACGAAACGCCGGCGAGAGCAAACUUCGGCGUCGCAGUUACUCAUCUCGUUCAUUAAAUACAUCGUCAUAAUAAUUAUAACGUGCCAGAUCGAUUUCGUCUGUAAACCGUGACACGUUGUGCAGGCGAGGACAUCACCUGUAAGGCUAUCGGUUUUUACCACCCACACACGCCGACUGCUCGUUUAUCGUCGCAACGUGUGCAAUUGCACUUUAAUAUCGUCUUAAUAAUAAUUUAGGCACCGAGACGCACGCAAUAAUGGUCGCUGAAAACGAAAACAAUGACAAUGGGAUCAAUGAAGAAAUCGAAGAUGAAGUUGAAGAUCCUUUCUGUUUGGAAUCAAGUCCACUUAAAUUAACUUUUGAGGAUAUAACAUCUGCUGCUUACAAGAUAAAAGAUGGUGUAAUUAAGACAGCGUGUACGAGAUCGCAUUUGUCCAGUCUUGUCAACAUGGAACUUUAUUUGAAAAAAGACUUUGUGCAGUACACUGGAAGCUUCAAGGAACGCGGAGCGUGCUAUGCUCUGAUGAUGUUAUCCGACGAGCAUAAGCGAAACGGCGUGAUAUCUGCAUCUCUGGGUAACCACGCACAGGCUCUAUGUUACCACGGUAAACGGCUCGGAGUACCAGUGACAGUGGUUAUGCCCACGGUAGCUCCGAUAAUAAAAAUCGAGGCCUGCAGGAAUUUCGGUGCCACCGUCAUCGUUCAGGGCAUCAACAUGAAGGAGUCCAAGCACCUCGCUCUCAAGCUAUCCAAGGAGAAGGGAAUUAUUUAUAUCAAUGGAUACGAUCACCCUCACAUAAUGGCUGGUCAAGGCACAGUGGGACUUGAAAUAUUAGAAGACGUUCCGGACGCCGAUGCGAUCGUCGUUCCUGUUGGUGGUGGUGGUUUGCUGGCUGGAGUGUCACUGGCUGUCAAAACAUUGAAAAAAAACUGCAAAAUUAUCGGCGUUGAAUCUGACCGAGUGCCGAGUUUCACGAAAGCGAUGGAACAUGGUAGUCCGAUUACCAUCGAUGGCAAGAGCACGCUGGCCGAUGGUUUAGCCGUGCCAAGAGUCGGGUGUAACGCGUUUGCCACCGCCGCGGGUCUGGUCGAUAAAAUGAUCGUGGUCACGGAAGAGUGGAUAUCGAUGGCUAUUCUGCGUCUCGUUGAGUCAGAGAAGUGCGUUGUGGAAGGCGCCGGUGCCAUCGGACUAGCCGCCGCGUUGUCGGGUACUUUGGACGAGUUUGUGGGAAAAAAAGUCGUUUUGUUGCUGUGCGGUGGCAACAUCGAUACGUCCAUACUGGGAAGGUGUUUGGACAGAGGACUGGCCAUCGACGGUAGACUGGUCAAGUUCCACGCUACGUUGAGCGACAGGCCCGGUGGUAUUGCGGAACUAUGCAGAGUGUUGGCAACGAUUGGCGUUUGCGUAAAAGACAUCAUACACGAAAGGGCUUGGUUGUCGGACGACGUCUUCAGUGUUAGGGUCAAAGUGGUAUGCGAGACGAGAGACUUGAGACACGCCCGUCUGCUGCAGGAGGUUGUAACGAAGAACUACAGUUCUUCAGUGUUUGGCAACAUACCAUUACCCAAGGUUCUUUGAAUCUUAAAGAUUUAACGUUUUAAUUUUUUCCCAUUAAUGUUUUUGUUUGAUUUUCGAUUAUAAUAUAUUAUUAUUACUAUUAAUACUGGAGAGUGGUACUAGUAUAAGAAAUUGACAUCACCUAACUAUUUAGCUAUUGACAUUAUGUUUUACAAAUAAAUAAACGCUUUAUUUUUGUACUGCGAA